GAAGAAGAAGCAUGAAGAGGAAGUCAGUUUCGUUGUUGUGCUUUUGUUUGUGAGCUGUUAACAUGGAUGUGAGCCAGACAUCAUACUGCACUGUGCUGGAUAAAAACAGUCAGUCUAAAUACAUUUGCUACACACGCAUUAAAAACGGCGCAUUCAACAUUUGUUUGACAGAUGCUGCAGAUGUUUGGAGCACGGAGUACACCGAGGACAAGCUGAAACAGUUUAGACAGAGGUUUGCCUUGAAAUCUACAGAGGAUUACACCCUAAAACUCAGGUCGGCUUGUGGUAGCGGGGAUGUGUCUGUUAUGUUGCAUGACAGCAGUGCAGAGCUCCAUGUGGGCCCCAGUCCUGCUGACCUGAGCGUGACCCUGCUCAGGCUGGACGGCCCACAGGCAACAGAGGAGCUCAAGGAGCUGCUGUUCAGGAUGGCCGACAGCCUUGCUCAGCCUGACAGUAAAUGUGGAUCCCCCUCCGUCAGUCCAGUGAAAAAUCACCAAAGGCGGGCCGCAGAAUUUGAACCCCGACAACAGCAGAAUUGUGCUCCUUCAGUGACGGUGAAGAAACGACUUCCAGGCGCUUCGCUCAUCAACCCAGGAACCAAAAAGAAGCGUCAAGCAACCGGUGUGGCCUUCGAUGAUGCAGAUGAGGACUGAUCGUAAUGACACAGAUGUGAUCUUACACUGCCGCUGCUCAACCUGCUUUUUAAUCCUCUAACACAACAAUAUGAAGGUGAAGAUAGGUUUUUAAAUGACAGCUUGAUGAAAAUCUGUUGGCAAUGAAAGUUUUUAUGGUAUAUGACGUCAAUCAGUGAUCACUAUGAUUGUAAAUUAUUUUAAAUGUCAGUG